GCCCAUUUGAAUGUCGAAGGACCUCCAUCAGUAGCUCGGUUCUCGAUCCCACACUAUACGAAACGCACAAGGCGCUGGAGUACUCUGUAGCUUUGUGAGCGAUCGGGCGCUGAAUCCGACACAGACGCCGAGGUCACUGUCAUCUGAAGCUUGAACUUCGGCGUCCAAGAGGAUGACAUUUUCAAGUGCCGGGAUCAUCAUUUGUGGGGCUCGGUCAACCCCAUGCAAGAUACGAGUUUUCUAUGUGGGUUUUGUACUUCGUGGUCUUCUCGCCGCACUUCAAUCAAUUUGCUUAUAGAGAUGCGAGUGGAGUCCCCACCGGUCCUGCACACCUCAGCCUGUCCCGCAGCUUUCCUCCCUCGCAUCCCAGUCAUUGGGUUCUCUCCAGGUUUUCGGCUCCAUGAUUGCCGUUUAUCUCCGCUGGUCCUUGACUGGAGCUGGAAGGUAAGUGCGAGCCUUGGACGUUCGAGUAGUGAUAUCCUGCAGUAUCUGAUUCUACACAGUUUGAUGCUUUGAUUUUUGGUUUCAAUCUAGUGUGUUGGUAUUCUUUGAGAUUCAACUAGACAGAGGUUCGUCUACGUUGCAUGUAGGUCUCCAGGCCAUCCUGAUUCCGUGCAAAGUCUGCUUGCCUCUCGGCUCUUUUAGUCUUCGCGGGUUUAGUGAAGGUUUGCUUCUUCUCCGCAGUCUGAGCGUUCAGUAAUAUGUAGAGGUUGAGCUGUUGGAGCAGUUAGUAAUGCUGUCUUCGUAAUUGCGCUUUAAUUUAGCUACUCUUUUUCGAAACGAGACUCUCCUAAUGCAGGACGAAACUAGAGCAGAUUCGUCCUCACCAUAUGGCUGAGUGCAGCCUCUGUUGAACGUUUCCUUCCCCUUCAUGCUCGUCGUGGUGAUGGCCUGAUACCUCCUUCUGUGAGCUCUACAAUCAUCGCUCUCACAUUCCCGUCUAACAAGAAUUCAAGCGGAGCUCUAAUCUCAAGAGUCCACGACAAGUUUUUCCCCUUCACGUAAUCUACAAUUAUUAAGGCCUGUCAAGUUUCGAGUGCUGCAAUUCAACUAGUUAUGGAACGCGAGACCGAACUAACUCAGUCAUGGAACUCUGAGAUCACACGCGUGGACGAAAAUGGAGGGGUGCUCCAAGGCAUACCCCUUCUUGUGGGCGGGGAAAUGCGAACCUUCAGCUUGCCUGCACCCCUCGAUGAUGACGGAACCGAUGUCUCUCUCAAGGAUUGGCAAGUAGGUCCCGGAGGUAACUCCACGGACCGCGAGCGCAGGGGAGUUUACCCCAUCAAACCAUUCAAAGGCAGCGUACGCAUGCGGUUCACACCGAUGGAGCCUAGGCUAGAUGAGGAUCAAUAUAGUUCUCAGGGGCAGUCCUCGCCCGAGCUCUUCGAAACCCCCACGACGCCCCGCACACCGCGAGCAUCGUCAACUGGAACACGGAGCAACUCAGCCUCGCCGACGAAGUCUUUCCGGCAUCAGGGAAACCCACCUGGAAUUAAUUUUCAGUCGCUGCAACCAGAAACUCCAUCUGGAGAAUCUGAUUUUUCGCCAAACAGGGAUGCUCACCACCAACAGCAGAACAUCACCUCAAUUGACGUCAGCGAGACUUCUUCCCCUCGAACGUCGGGAAUGGCAUUCGAUGCCUGCAUUGAUGGAAUAAGUCCAGACGAAGUAACACCCGAGAACGCCAAUCUCCGCUGCCGAUCACAGCGCGGAAGCUCACGGGGGAAUUCAUUGCGGGUCUCUUUUGUGGAGAAGACCGAGGUUGCACCUGAGCCACGUCCAAGCCCCCCGAUAAAGAUUCGACACACGUUGAAGAGUAGGUCGCUUCGGGAGCCAAAGGAGGUGAAGAUCUCGCAACCGAAAUGGGAAAGCUCCACCAAGAUCAGCUCCCACCCGACACCCUCUCCAACGCCGAAGCCGACUGUGCAUGCACCUAAGCAUGGGGUGCGACCACGGAAAUCAUCAACUCCUGGUGCCAAACCUCGAGCGCACUCUCAGCCAACCCCUGAGAUUGUGCCAGAGCCUCACAGCAAUCUCUACUCGUCGGCGGGGAGAAGCUUUGGCUCGCAGCGUCACUCGAGAAGGUCCCCAGACUCCCAGCACUUCAGCGGUGAGAGCGACAAGCUGUAUGACUCGUCGUCUCAGGAGCUGGGAACCUCCUCAAACGAAUCUGGUCGAGAGAAUGUGACGAGCUUGAAACCCAAUUCGCCGUCCUAUCGCGUCCGAAGCAAUCGCAAGCAGCAGAAUGGCCGUCAACAAGUGGACGACCCAGAUGAGGAUACGAAGGGGGUGAUGUGCGGCGGCGGAUUUGGUGACACCAAACUCAGCGCCGAGUUUGUUCGCCUUCUGAGCAAGCUCUGCCGCGUAUCGAUUCCCUCGCCGAAACAACCCGAUUGUUUAAAACCGGCGCUUCAGCAAAGAGGACGCAGUCUUGAGAAGAGCAACUCAAUGCCAGUUAAAUGGGAUCAGGCGAAGGAUGUCUCGCCCAUGCGGGAAAAUUACGCUGUGAUUGGGCGCCGUGACAGCCUGAGGCUACUGUCCGAGCGAUGCUCGACUGCGCCGGCGCCUACUUACAGUGUGGACAAGCCUCGCAAGAUUCGAACGCACGGGCCUCACAUCCACUUCUACAAAUCCAUCUCCAAGAAUCUCGACCUCAAACUGAGGAGCUAGGACGGUGAUGGCGAGACUCAAGUAAUCUCGGUGCUUGCUCAAAUGGGUACUACGCAAGAAAGCCCGUCAAUAAACAGCCAAAUUCAGCAACCGAAAUGGAUGCUUAAGGUGUAGUCACUCAUUGGACUUAUCUACAACUUCGUCAUUUGGAGGCGGCCAGAUAUGUCUUGAAGCAUCAUAUAUCAUGUCAUACAAUCCAUAAACAAAAAAGAGUGACGUGUACAUAUAUUCCCUGGUGAGGCGCCCCCUCAAACAUGUUAAUCUCAGUUGUGAUCGCUGAAUCCGUUUUCUUUGAUGAGUCUAAAGAAAACAAAUUCUGUUUUGAUCCUCCAUGAGAACCCAUUUCUCAUAAGAGAGGCUUCCUGCAGACUAGCUGCAAUAUCGGUGUAUAAAUUAUAUAGGAAUCUGUAAGCUGGAGAGAGGCUUACAGAUUAGAGUUGGAUUAGGGUUACAAGCCCCUUUGAACUGCACUUGGUUUAGGGUUUCGGAGGACGCUUCAGUCGUUGUAUUCUACUUUCUGGGACAAACUGAAAAUAUGUUUGUUCAAAAUUCUACCAAUCAUUCUCGAAUGGGUGUUCUUGUAAACGUUUUUUUUGUAAGACUGAUUCAAUCUUAGAAAGAAUAAAUUAUGGCUUUGGAGGUUUUGGUCUAA